AUGAAUCGGUACAACUGGCUCUGCGUGUUGUACGUGACCUUCGGGGCUGUCUUUUAUGGCUAUGACUCUGCCUGCACUACGUCGGUCCUUGGUUAUACAUCCUUCCUCGAGUAUUUCAACUUGGACUCUACCACCAUUGGCGCCAUGGGGUCGUCAUAUUAUGCUGGAGCCGUUGUCGGCAUGGCUUCCAACUGGUAUUUGCCUAACAAAUACGGACGUAUUCGGACCAUUCAGAUCGGCUGCCUGGCGUCGUUGCUUGCUGCAUCGAUGCAGACAGGAGCCCACAGCUACGGCACUUUCGUCGCCGGUCGAGUUAUAGGCGGGUUCGCCAGUGGCUUGAUCUUCGUUGUGUGCCCGGCAUACGCCUCUGAAAUUGCACCUCCCAAGAUGCGAGGCCGCAUUGGCGGUCUUUAUUCAGUCAGUGUUAACGGGGCUUAUUGCUUUACUGAAUGGGUUGGCUUGGGAUUCUACUUUAUCAAAGGCGACGUCUCCUGGCGUCUCUUGCUGGGCUGCCAGCUCAUCCCCGGCACUCUCAUGUUCGCCUGCUCCUUCUUGAUGCCUGAGUCACCCCGCUUUCUCGCAUACGUCGGGCGCUACGACGAGGCUUUGGCGAUCCUCAAGAAAAUGCACGGCACCACACACGACGACACGUUUUAUAUCCGCGAGUUCCACCAGAUCAAGGCCCAAAUCGAGCUCGACAGGGAGGCGCGGCUGGGCCUCAAAGCAAUCUGGCAAAGGCCGUCGUACCGUAAACGAUUCAUGUUGGUCUUCUGGUACGCAAUUGCGUGCAUGCUUUCUGGCGUCAUCGUCAUCCAGAACUAUCAGGUCAUUCUGUAUACGAAUGUCGGAUUCACCAAUGUCAUGUCCCUCAUCCUGACCGGCGUUUGGGGCUGCGUUGGCACGCUGUCUGCUGUAUACGCGGCUUUCUGCUUCGACCUUAUGGGUCGACGGCCAACCAUGUUCAUAUCAUACUUCCUCAUUGUUGCAGGAACGCUCACGACUUGCAUUACCUGGGCGAUCUACGAGAACGGCGGAAGUACCAACCGCUCGCUCGCAAAGGGGAUCAUUGCAGCCAUGUUUUUCGUCGGACUCGGCUACGGCGGGCCUGCCAAUGCUUUCCUGGCAACUUACCCCGCCGAAAUCAUGCCCACCUCCGUCCGCCCCGUCGGCGUGGCCGUCAGCUACAUGACGCAGCACGUCCUGAUCAUCAUCCUCGUGCAAUUCACCCCGCAGGCCAUCGAGACCAUCUCGUGGAAGUUCUUUUUGAUCUUCGUGUGUUCGAGUUUCAUCUUCGCAAUUGUCUUUGUCCUCUUCUACCCGGAGACGAGGAACAAGACGCUGGAAGAGAUCGAGGCCGUCUUUGGUGACAGGGUCGCCGAGACACUAGACGAAGCUGCCGUGCACGUCAAAAUCGAGCACGCGGACGAAAAGGCACAGGCUAUGGGAACCGUCAACGCCGUCGCUGUGCAUGAAGAGGGGGUUGGCAAGGAAGCUGUUAUUGCCUAG